AUUAGUGUCAUUUUUGACAUUGACAUGAUUAAAACGUCAACGUCAGAUAAUUACAAAUCCAAUAUUUAAAAAAAUGCAUCAAUAUUACAAAACUUGCAAAAUGCGAAUGUGACGCAGUCGUGUGGGGAGAGCAAAUCUCGAUAAAAUUGUUUAAAUUAGAAAUCCAGUCUGUGAUUAUCAGACACGAGGAUGACUUGUUUGUUGACAAAAUAAAAGUGUGACAAUAACUUUGGACUUAACUCGAAUAAAUCAUUUUGAUACCACCUUGAACAUAAAGUGCUUAGACGAAUCAAAGAAGAACAAUACAAAUGAAGUGAGGUUAGGAUGGAACAGUCCGUGUGCCCCUUACUCAAAGACCCCAAAGCCUACAAUCCUGACACGAUUGAUCUAAUCAAUGACAUCAAACAACGCAAUUACUGGUUGCCGUGUCUGGAAAACAUGGUCAAGAAAUUCGUCACGAAGGCCAGUUUUUUGAACCCAGACAAUCCAGCUGCCACCGAAAAGGCCGAGGUUUGUUUCCAGAAGUUCCACGAGUUGGUCGUCAAAGCGCUGGAAGAUCCCAGCAUUUUAGCGCCUCUGAGCAUCCGCACCUUGCUCGAAUUUAACGAAGAUAAUUUGAGGAGUAGCAACUUUAAAGACGCUUGGUACAAACAGAAAGAAACCGAAACAAAUGCGGCUCUUAGAGAAUUCAAAGAGAGAUUAGACUUCAUUGAUUCAAUUGCUGAUUUCGAGUCAAAAUGGCUGGAAAUUGUUACUGGCGUUUUGGCAGGAAAUGUUUUCGAUUGGGGAUCAACUGUUGUAGCUGAUAUUUUAGAAACUUCAACCAAUUUCGGGCUGUCACAAGCCAUGAGUACAAUUGAAAAGAGACCUUGGUUUAAAGAUAACUUGGACAAUUGGAUUGAACGAAUUAAGAAAGAGCCUUAUAAGGAAGCUGUUGUUUUCGUUGAUAACGCUGGAGUGGACUUUGUGCUAGGGAUUUUGCCUCUUAUUCGAGAAUUUUUGAAACACAAUACUAAAGUCAUUGUGACUGCAAAUUCAUCUCCAGCACUGAACGAUGUCACGUGGCAUGAAUUAAAACAAUACUCGCAACAAGCAGCCAGCCAGUGCCCCAUUUUAGAAAAGUCGCUAAGGACUGGACAACUUGUAACCGUUGAAAAUGGACAAAAGGGGCCCUGUUUAGAUCUGUCAAACUUAUCACCUGAACUAUGUCGACUUAUGUCAGGAGCGGAUUUGGUCGUUCUGGAAGGAAUGGGACGAGCGGUGCAUACAAACCUCUACGCGAAAUUUAAUGUGGACAGUGUGAAGUUAGCCGUUUUAAAAAAUGAUUGGUUGGCGAAGAGUUUAGGAGCACAACAAUUUUCGGUUAUUUUCAAUUACGAGGCAGCAACUUAAACUCAAGUGACCUGUGAUCAAUUAGUAUUAAGAAACUUUUUCACUGAUAGUGAUCAAAAGGGUUGUUACAUCCAAUAGGAAAUCUUUAUGUAUAUACCUACUGCCACCCAAAUGUCUAGUGAAGAAAAUAAAGUUGUGUCAAUUUUAAUAA